AUGUUUCAUCGCAUUGGACCGCUACAUCAAGAACACAUUCCACAUAACAGACCAACGAUGCCAUAUGCUUCGGCGUACUUCUGUGAUGUCCAAACCGCAACAACACUGCGUUACGAGGCCACGAAAUUGGACUCUCGCAUAUUACGAGAAAUUAAUACAAUCAUUCAAGAAAACUCCGCCCUUGCACAACAAUACUUACACGCCUACGAAAAAGAGCAGGAGAUGAUUCGUACCAAUCAUCCACGCCCCACAGUACAUAUUCAGCUGUUACCAGGACCUGCUGGCGCCGGGAUUCACGUCGGACGUACCAAUUUGCCCACUACGCGAUCUGAUAUUGCCGUUUUAUACGAUGAACACGAUGGUCUGCCACGACAGCAACACCAAAUGAUUAUUCAAAAUCGUGCACGUCCAAAUACCGAGUCCCUCCAAAUUAUUAAAAUAACAAAUCCAUUACUUGAUGCGAUGCUGUACCCUCUACUGGACCCAUAUUCCGUAAUUGGAUGGUAUCCAGGAAUUCGCCAUGCGAUUCAAACAGGCAGUAGAAAUUAUGUUAGUAUUCGUGAGCAUGCCGCUUACCAAAUGGCCGUUCGUGAUGACAACGAAUACUUGCAGGAUACUGGCAAGUUAUUCUUACAGUGGUUGGUCGACAAAGCCCUUAGAGUUCAAGAGGACAAGUUGCAAUGGCUACACGACAACCAGAACGUCCUUCGCCGCGACACACUACAAAACAUCGGCGACUUUAACACCAAUGCCAACAGGAAUGUUAGGCCAAACACAGACACAAUCAAUCCUCAAACAAGUGUCCAAAUAUUGUUGCCGUCCACCUUCAUCGGCAGUCCCCGACAUUCGAUUAACACACUGCAGGAUAUGUUGGCUCUCUCUAUGCAACUCGGUGCAGCAACAUUUUUCGUUACCGUCACAGCCAAUCCUGCUUGGCCCGAAAUCACUGAAAAUUUAAAUCCGGGAAAUAGACGCGACUUGCGACCCGACAUCGGCAACAGAGUGUUUCAUUCAAAACAAAAACGGUUUAAGGACUUGAUUACCAAAGAAAACUUCUUCGGAACCAUACGCUACUAUGGUUACACCGUCGAAAUGCAAAAACGCCAAAUACCGCAUUCCCAUUGGAUAAUAGCUGUUGAGCCACCAUACAAUUCGCGAGAUCCGGAAUACAUCGAUACUAUCAUCUCCGCCGAAAUACCGGACCCACAGGUAGAUCCUGAAUUAUACAACAUAAUAUGCACUAAUUAUCUGCAUCUCUGUACGGAAAUUUGCUUGCCUGAGGGCAGUUCAACCUGCAAAAAGAAGUUCCCCAAGGCCUUCCAAGAACAUACAGUGCUACAAGCAAACGGCUAUCCCCUUUACCGUCGCCGGGACAACGGACAAUACGUCACAAAAAGACGCGGGCACAUAGACGUUCGGUUGGACAACCGUUAUGUUGUACCAUAUAAUCCUUACCUGGCAAAGAUGUUUGGCUGCCAUAUUAAUGUGGAGCACCUUUCGGGCAUUCGCGGAAUAAAAUAUAUAUUUAACUACAUAAAUAAGGGACACGACGUGGCACACAUUGCCCAAAUCAUUCGAUCAGAGACCGGGGAUGAAAUCAAAAGGUACCGUACAGUACGAUACAUGGGUUCGUCGGAGGCUCAUUGGCAUCUCAUGACAUAUUAA